UCAGAAAUCAAUGAAUUGCUAGCACAGAGCAAAUUGUACAAUGAACAAUCAAGACGAAAUGCGGAAUAUGGAACGCCAGAUGUUCGAUUUACACUAAGCUCAAGAGGCAACAACCUUUUAACAAUCGACGGCAUGCGAUUUACGCUAAAUCGAAAGAUGAAAGACGCCAGCUAUUGGGAGUGUGUAAAGCUGCGUUGUAAAAAAACCAAAUGUAUUGCCAGAGUUAUAUCGAAAGACGGACAAGUUGUGUCGAUGCGUGGCACCCACAAUCAUGAUUAAAUUAAUUGUUAAUCGAAAAUAGUCUUAAGUUAUUUUAAUAAAUUUCAGAAAAAAACAAUAUUUGUUUUAUCUUAAAAAACUGAAAGUAUUCAAUUAAUUAAUCCACAAUUUUAACACACAUAGGUGGAAUUUGGCUCGAUACGAAUUAUCAAUAUCUGCCAAAUCGUCGUGGUGGCUUAAAUUUAAUUUAUAAUGGCUACUUAUACACGGCGGAACGCAAAUACAAUAGCACCGUCAACUGGGU